GAGAAACCCGUUGCCUUGGUCAUUGAGUCCGUCGGAACGCCAACGUCCCGCCAUAAGCUCGGCCGUUACAACACGACAUGCGUCAGUUCAGUCGGAAUGGUUGUCUUGGUCACGAUAGACGUCGACGCGUGUUUCUGACUGCGAACCAACCAAGCGCAAUUUCACCAGAGCAAAAGUCGCUGUCUAUCCUUUCGUCAUCAACAUAUCGCAGGCCAACUAAUUCUCAAUACUUCUACCUAAUCUCUACCGACAGCCAUAGCUGCUAGUUGUCUGAAACUGUCGUCUACCGUACCCUUGAUGCGAUAACACUAGUCCAGCAUGGUGUAUCGCGGGAGACCUUCAACGGGGUGCAAGAAGUGUCGCGAGAGAAAGAUCAAGUGCGAUGAGCGACCAGAGGGUUGUCUCAAGUGUGCCGAACGCAACUUCAAAUGCCCGGGAUACGAUCGAACGGUCGACGCCUUCUUCCACGACGAGACCAAACAUGUGCAGACAAAAGCAAAGGCAUCAAAUGCGAAAGCCAUCGCCGCACGUGAUGCGCGAGAUAUCAGAGAUGUACGAGAGGCCUAUCUCCAGAUCAUGGCCAAACAAUGUCCGGGGACCGCCAUAACGGCAUCACUCAUCGAUCAAGGCAUCAACUUCUUCAUGUCGUACUAUUGCACGGGAGUGGAUCAGCCGUCCAUACAGUCAAUAGAGUACCAACAGCAUCUGUCUACGCACGGCUUCCAUCCGCUCGUCUCUACGACAAUGACAGCGCUGGGCAUUGCCGGUGUAGCCAACCUCUACAUGGACCCUCGUCUGAAAAGUGAAGCGACACGCUGGUACCUGGAGGCUAUCAAGAUGGCCAACAAAGCAAUUUCUUCGCCCGAACAUGUAAAGGCCGACAGCACUCUUACUGCUGUCAACCUGCUUAGUAUGUUCGAAGCAACGUUCAAUGACACCUCUCUUGCUGGAUGGAGUAACCACGUCGAUGGUGCUGCAUCUCUCAUCAGACUCAGAGGCAUGGAGCAAUUCUCUACCCCUGCGGGACAACGCAUGUACCUCCAUACCAUUGGCCUACUCACUAUGAACUGUAUGGGAAAGGGCAUUCCCCUUCCUCAAUAUGUCCACGAUCUGAACAGCGAAGUCAUUCAGCAUUUGGAUACACAUGACCCAAGAAACCGAUUCUUCUUCCUUCACAUCAAGACCAUCGACCUACGAGCUCGCAUCCUCAACCAGUCAGCGUUCUCGUUGUCGGAAAUCAUAGAGUCGGCACUUGAACUUGAAGACAUCGCUGUCAACAUCUUCAAGGAUCAAGGAGCGGACUGGGAGUACGACGUCGUGCAUUGCGAGAAACGAGAGUGUAUCUUUGAGAACUUCUACCACGUUUAUCCGACUGCCACAGCAGCUCAGACUUGGAAUUGGGUGCGCUACAACAGAAUCUACUUCCACGACAUCAUCCGGAAUUGCAUCCUAGCCGGUUUUGCAUCUACUCCACCAACACUUGCUGGCAACAGAUACCACGAACAGCUAGCGAGAAGUGCUCACACGUUGUACCAGUUACAAUCUGACAUUAUAGCUAGCAUGCCCCAAUUCAUGCAUGACGUUCCCGAUUCUGCGCCGAGCAGAGCAACAACCCCACCGGAUGACGAUUACGACGAACCGCGCACGUCGGGACGAGGCGCACCCUGGGCGAGAUCGACUUCCCCCACUCCAACAAGCCCAUACCGCAUAGCUCUCAAAUCCCUCGAUGGCAACUUCCGAGGUAACACAUACGGGCUCGUCAAAGCUCUUCUGGGGAACGGAUCAGUCAAGGAUCGGCUUCCUAUCGUACGCGUCGCAGGAGGCUACAGUACUGUAUGGGCGCUUUACGUGGCCGCCGCCAUGCCCAUGGCCUCACCUGAAAGCCAAGACUUUGUCCAAAAGUACAUGUCGCGCAUCGAGCACGAGUUCGGCAUCAAGCAAGCCCGCGUCUUCGGCAACGCCCUGCGCCUCAAACGGUACCUCGACCAGAAAGGUGCCAUUGCGUUUGGUAUCUGUCCGCAGUACCUUCCGCCCGAUGGACCAGAAUCAUAUGUUCCGCAUCAGCAUUUAUACAGCAAGGUUGACGAGGUGAUGGAAGAGUUGCCGUAGAAGUCGUUCGUUGACGAUCGGGAUGCAUGGUAGGACUCGGUCGACUUCACGAAGUCUUCGGUACGGCGAAGUCUGUAGAAGCUGUCAGUCGGCCAUCCGGGUAUAACAAGACUCGGUCAACUCCACAAGGUAUUCAGUACUGCUAAGUAUGAGCGAAGGCAGGGGAACAUCGCAAACAGCCUGUACAGGGCGACGGACGGGCAUAGUGGCCUUCCGGCGCAGACUUCGGUUCCUC